CAGUUAUAAGCAGGAGCUGCAGCAGGAUCCAGGUGUUAACACGGUACACCUGCAGGCUGCUAACAUGGCUUUUCUGAAGUCCACACUCGGCUUACUGAUCCUCCUGGCUGUCUUCAACUACUGCUGGGCUGUAGAGGAGGAUCUGUCUGUCUCUGAGCGCCUGUGGAGGGCCAACAAGGACGUCGUGCAUACAGAGGAAGAGCCCUUGGUCAUUGAUGAUAUUGCUUAUGACAAUGAAAAUGAGAGGAACGCAGAUCAAUGCACCUCCAACGGCUGCAUGUGGAAUAAAUCCGCCGAUGGAAAGAUCUACGUGCCCUAUGUCAUUGCCGAACAUUAUUCUUCUCGCGAGCGCGCCAUCAUCGAGCGAGGCCUGCAGUCAUUCAGCAGCGUCUCUUGCAUUCGUUUCGUCCAAAGAACCGGCCAGAGAGACUACCUGAGCAUCCAGUCCGACAAUGGCUGUUACUCCUACGUGGGCCGUCGUGGUUAUGCCCAGACGUUGUCUUUGGACCGUCCGGGCUGCCUCUAUCACGACAUCGUCCAGCAUGAGCUGCUCCACGCCCUCGGCUUCAACCACGAGCAGUGUCGCUCUGACAGGGACAACCACAUCCGGAUCCUGUGGGAGAACAUCGAGCCUGGUUUGGCGUAUGCCUUUGACAAGAUCGACACUCUGAACCUGAACACCCCCUACGACUACAACUCUGUCAUGCAGUACCACAGGUAUGCCUUCUCUAAGAACAAUAGCCCCACCAUGGUGCCCAUCCCCGACGCCAAUGUUGAAUUUGGCACUGCCCAACAGAUGAGCCAGAAUGACAUCACCAGACUGAACAGGCUGUACAAAUGUUAAACAGGCAAAAUUCCUAAACAACAUGGUUAGACAUCGGACCCACUGUUCCCACUGAGGAUGUUUUCUCAGUCCUUGGUACAAAUCAAUACAUUGCAUUGACAAUAAAUCUUAAUGUACUUGCUCA